CGGAGGUGGCUGUGCCCGGCGGGGAGCGGGUCCGGAGCGGGCCGCCGGACCCCAAAGUUGGGGGUGGGGAGGAGUCAUCAGGGGUUUAGGGUGCUCCUCGCCGGGGCUUCGGGGGCCUGAUGGAGUAAAAGGGGACGGCUGUGAGUGUGUGAGUUGAAUGCGUUGGACCCGGUCACUAUGGUACGAGAACGAAAAUGCAUAUUGUGCCACAUUUCGUACAGCACGAAAAAGGAAAUGGACGAACAUAUGCGGAGCAUGUUGCAUCACAGGGAACUUGAGAACCUGAAGGGCAGGGACAGCAGUCAUGAGUGCCGCGUGUGCGGGGUCACAGAGGUGGGCCUUUCUGCAUAUGCAAAGCACAUUUCUGGCCAGUUGCACAAAGAUAACGUGGAUGCCCAGGAAAGAGAAGAUGGUGGAAAGGGUGAAGAGGAAGAAGAAGAAUACUUUGACAAGGAACUUGUUCAGUUAAUAAAACAAAGGAAAGAACAAAGUCGACAAGAUGAAACUUCCCGUAGCAAUCAAGAAAAAAACUCAGAUGACAGGCGACCUCAGAGGAGACGAGAAGAUCGAAUUCCUUACCAAGACAGAGAGAGCUAUGGUCAGCCAGCAUGGCAUCAUCGUGGGCCUCCUCCAUGGGACUGGAAAUGGGAGAAAGAUGGCUUUAAUAAUCCUCGGAACAACAGCUUUCCGCAUCCUUUGAGGAAUAAUGGCGGUCCACGAGGAUGCCCUGGAUGGCAUAAUGGUGUCGCAGGAGGUCCCUCAACUUGGUUUCACAACCAUGGUAAUCCUGGAGGUGGUUGGCUUCCAAACAAUGGAACAGUAGAUUGGAAUCAUAAUGGCCCAGGAAGGAAUCCCAGUUGGCAUCCUGAAGGAGCAGGUGGCUUUUCCAAUUGGCAUAUGAACAGUGGUAACGGAAAUUGGAAAUCCAAUGUACGUGUUCCAAAUAGUUGGAAUUACGGUGGCCCUGGAGACAAAAUUCAACCAGGCAGAAACAGAAAAGCUAACUGUCCAAUGGAAGACAUGGCUAUACUGUGGAACAACAAUCCUAAAUCAAACAAAUAUAAUCAAGAGAGAUAUCAUUGGCAGCGACAAGAAAAUGACAAAGUUGCCACAUACAGAGGCCCUUCAGAAGAAUUUACAAAUAAGUUUCCUUCAGAAGGCUUACUUGGCUUUGAUUUUCAGCGCCUGGAAAACCAACCUUCUAAACAAAUAGACACAUCCAAAAUUGGUGGGAAGAAUGGCAGUGUGUCUAGGGACAAGCCCCACCGCUGGACCCCUUACCCUCCCCAGAAGACUCUGGACUUACAAUCGGGAAUGAAAGAAGUCCCAGGGAACAAGUCAGAAACAACAGACAAACCUUCGUUUGAUCGUAACUCAAUAGCUGCAGCAACACAAGAACCCAAAAUUGAUGAAAAAGGUAACUCCUCAACACUAAAAACACAAAAAGAAACCCACAGUAAAUCUCUUAAUCUCAAGGCAACUUCUGACUGCUCUGCUUCCAAGGAACUGGUAAGAAAUUGUUCCAGUUCAGAAAAACCUAAGCCAGAGCACAACAUAAACAAGAUAUUACCAUUAAAAUCUCCACUUCUUCCAAUUCCAGUCAUGAAACCAGUUUCUCAAAAGCAAGAUUCAAAGAAUCCCUCAGAAAACACCAAAACAAAUUUUUCUUCUGGGCAGCACUCAAAACGUUUGAGUAAACCCAGUAGAAAAGACCAUGGUUCUUACAUGUCCAAGUCAUGUUCUCGUGUUUCAAAGAAGAAUGAAAACACACUUGGCAUUCAGAAGGAACCUGUUGAAAAUGUAAGGGAAACAUCGCAAAAAGUCAAUGAAGUGCUACCAUGCCACGAGUCAUCACAAAACUCGUUUCUUAGCACUUCUAAAAGCACCAGGAACCAUACUAAAACAGGCAGGGCUGUUGAAGAAGCUGUGAAAGGAUCUUUGAAGUCCGAGUCUCAGAAAGCACACACACUAGAAGAUGAAAGUGGUAGAGGGAUAUCUGAUACAGAAAAGCAUGGAGCCAAAAAUGGAACCUUGGACUCUUCAACUACAGAAGCUUUAUCCCGUAGGACUCAUACUGCUUACGAGAAAGAACAGGAUGACCUAAACCUGAAAACAUCUAGGAAGCUGUCCCCUUCCCGCUGUAAUUCAGCAGUUCACCCGAAAGAAUCCGAGUUACAAAUGACAUCAGCAGCCAGUCCACACCCUGGCUUACUGCUGGACUUGAAAAGCACCCUCGAAGACGUGCAGGUUGCUGACCCGGUGAAGUCUCAUGGGUCUUAUGAAGCAGAAGGGUUUGAGAGUACUGGUUUGGAUGUAGACCUUCAAAAAAGUGAAAUAGGUCAGUCUGCAGGCCCUCUCCUCCCUGAACUAAGUAAGCUUGGCUUUCCUGCUUCUCUCCAGAGAGAUCUCACCCGACACAUAAGUUUGAAGAGCAAGGCUGGAACACAUCUUCCUGAGCCAAACCUCAACAAUGCCCGGCGCAUUCGCAAUAUUAGUGGUCAUAGGAAGAACGAGACAGAGAAGGAGUCUGGUCUUAAGCCAACCCUUCGACAGAUUCUGAAUGCAUCCCGGAGAAAUGUCAACUGGGAACAGGUCAUUCAGCAAGUAACCAAGAAGAAACAAGAGCUGGGCAAAGGUUUACCCAGGUUUGGCAUAGAAAUGGUGCCUCUUGUUCAGAAUGAGCAAGAAGUCUUGGAUUUGGAUGAAGACCCUGAUCUGAGCAGUCUAGAAGGAUUCCAGUGGGAAAGUAUUUCCAUCUCUUCAUCACCCGGGUUGGCCAGGAAACGAAGCCUUUCCGAGAGCAGUGUGAUCAUGGACCGGGCUCCUUCUGUGUAUAACCUUUUCACUGAGGAAGGGACAGGUCAGGAAAAUGAGUCACCACAGAUCAUGUCACCUAGUAACUCGUUGAGGGCUACACAGAGCCAGACAGCUACCAUGGAGCUUAAGCAGGAAUCCGUGACACCUCUGACUGUCUCCCCCAGAACAGAUGAAAGGGUUGAAAAUCCUGGGACUCGAAGGCGACACAGUGCACAAUUACCCUCCAGCCGGGCAAUGCCUCUGAUGCAUUUUGCAAAAGACCUCAACAGCCGGGAGAGUUCUGCACCACGUUCUGAGAAUCAGAACGUGCACGAGAGUAAUGGAGAAGGAAACUCUUCAUCAUCCAAUGUGUCCUCAGCCCUAGCCACAUUCAGUUUGGCAGACGCAGCCACAGAUAGUAGCUGUACCUCUGGCACUGAGCAAAAUGACAGCCAGAGUGUUAGAAAGAAACGAAGAGCCACUGGGGAUGGAUCUUCUCCUGAACUCCCAAGUCUUGAAAGAAAACAUAAAAGGAGAAAAAUUAAAGGAAAGAAAGAGCGCUCUCAGGUGGACCAGCUGCUGAAUAUUUCUCUGAGGGAAGAAGAACUAAGCAAAUCAUUACAGUGCAUGGAUAACAAUCUUCUGCAAGCCCGUACAGCACUGCAGACUGCUUAUGUUGAAGUUCAGAGAUUGCUUAUGCUCAAGCAGCAGAUAACUAUGGAGAUGAGUGCACUGAGGACCCAUAGAAUACAAAUUCUACAGGGACUACAAGAAACAUAUGAACCCUCUGAGCACUCAGACCAAGUCCUUAGUAGUCUUACACAAGAACAAAGGAACAGUAGAUCUCAGACCCCUGCUGAUGCUGCACCGCCGCCUACUCCCCCUUUCCCAGCUUUUCUGGAGUCCUCAUCUUCCCACGUGUCUCCAUCAUCCAUCGGAGCCCCUCUCCAAAUAGCCACAGCACCUGCUUUCCAAGCUCUUGCUCCAGAUUCAUCGAUUCAGAUUAAGCAAGAGCCCAUGUCUCCUGAACCAAACGACAAUGUGAAUCUUAUGUCACAAGGCUCUGCUUGCAAUGUGUCCAAGGAAUUACUACAAGCUAAUAGAGAGAUGGGUGACAGUAAUCCAGUUUAUCCAGUCACCACUGCAGCAUCUCCUUUACCAGAAUUAAGGGCAAGUUGCCACGACUCUAGUCAGCAGCUGACACCCACGAAGCAAAACAAUAGUGAAAAUGAGGAAAACCGCCCCUUUUCUCAAUCAGCGGGUCUUCCUAGCAUGAAUAAGGAAAAGGAAGAGCCAGCCAAAGGCAACAGUGGUUCUGAAGCCUGCAGUAGUUCAUUUCCAAGAUCAUCCUUUGCUUCAGAAGCCCCUUUAGGGAAGGAGACCCAGUCCCACUCUCCAACAGAGCAGCUUGAACACCAUGCCGAGUCUGCUCUGACAUCCGCUGAAACCAAGGGGAACAAGAAAAAGAAGAAACUUAGGAAGAAGAAAGCUCUGCGGGCUGCCCAUGUUCCUGACAACAGUGACACUGAACAGGAUGUAUUUACUGCUAAGCCUGUAAGGAAGGUCAAAACUGGGAAAACGACUAAAGGGGGGAAAGUAACAACCUCCACCUGGGAAGAUAGCAGAACUGGCCCAGAACAAGAAAGUGUCAGAGAUGAGGCAGACAGUGACUUGUCUCUGGAAGUCCUAGAAAUUCCUAAACCACCAUUCGAAAUAGUGUCCAUUGAAUCUUCUGAGUCUGGAGACGAGAAGCCAGACAGCCCAUCCAAGAAGGAUAGCUGGCAUGCCAAAGAGCAGAACUCAUUAGAAACGUCUCGUUCUGGUUGUGAUGAAGUCAGCUCAACCAGUGAGAUUGGUACUCACAAUAAAGAGGGCAUCCCUGUAAGUGUAGCAGAAACUCAGACUGUGAUCUCCUCCAUUAAAGGAUCUAAGAACUCUUCAGAAAUGUCUUCAGAGCCAGGAAAUGAAGAUGAGCCCACCGAAGGGAGCUUUGAGGCGCAUCAAGCCGCAGUGAAUGCAAUUCAGAUAUUUGGGAACUUACUGUAUACCUGUUCAGCAGAUAAAACGGUCCGAGUUUAUAACCUGGUGAGUAGGAAAUGCAUUGGUGUCUUUGAGGGCCAUACCUCCAAGGUGAACUGCCUCAUGGUUACUUACACCCCUAAGAAGUAUUCUGUGCUUCUCACUGGCUCCAGUGAUCACACCAUUCGCAGCUAUAAUACUAAGACACGAGAAUGUGUGGAACAGUUGCAGCUAGAAGACCGGGUUCUCUGCCUCCACACUAGGUGGCGGAUCCUCUAUGCAGGACUGGCAAAUGGCACUGUGGUCACCUUCUACUUAAAGAACUAUAAACGACUUGAGGUCUUUGAGUGUCAUGGCCCUCGGGCUGUCAGCUGUCUCGCCACAGCUCAGGAAGGUGCCCGGAAGCUGCUGAUUGUAGGGUCUUACGACUGUACCAUUAGUGUGCGUGAUGCACGCAACGGGCUGCUCCUGAGAACUCUGGAGGGUCACAGCAAAACCAUUCUUUGCAUGAAGGUGGUAAAUGACCUUGUGUUCAGUGGCUCCAGUGAUCAGUCAGUCCAUGCCCACAACAUUCACACGGGGGAGCUUGUUCGGAUUUAUAAAGGUCACAAUCAUGCUGUAACUGUGGUGCACAUUCUGGGAAAAGUGAUGGUGACAGCUUGCCUGGAUAAAUUUGUUCGUGUCUACGAAUUACAGUCCCAUGAUCGAUUGCAAGUAUAUGGAGGGCAUAAAGACAUGAUCAUGUGUAUGACCAUUCAUAAAAGUAUGAUUUAUACAGGUUGUUAUGAUGGCAGUAUUCAAGCUGUGAGGCUAAAUCUGAUGCAGAAUUAUCGUUGCUGGUGGCAUGGCUGCUCUCUGAUAUUUGGUGUUGUAGAUCAUUUAAAACAACAUCUGCUGACUGACCACACGAAUCCGAACUUUCAAACUCUGAAAUGUCGCUGGAAGAACUGUGAUGCUUUUUUCACUGCGAGGAAAGGAUCCAAGCAGGAUGCUACAGGACACAUUGAACAACAUGCUGAAGAAGAUAGCAAAACCGAUUCAUGAAGUUUUGGUUUUUUUGCCUCCCAUGUUGGGAAGUCAUUACUUGAACUAAUUUCACACUGGCCCUUCACACGGCCAUACUCUCCACCCUUCCCAAGGGAAACUAGGAAGGAGAAAGUUGCUACCAGCCAGGCUUACCACUAACAUAAGCCUGGGCAGCUCUAUGGUAUAAGGAAAUUACACUUUGAUUUUUGUGGAGGUUUGUCACACUAAAACAUUUUAAGAAACCACACUUCUCUGGGGUGGCAUGGCAUAGAAUAAUUUUUUGCUAUUAGUGUUCUCCAGCUGUUUAUUAAAGAUACAAAUUGUAAUUGGUUAUCCAGUUUGACUCUAACCAUAUGCAUAUUAAAAAAUGAGUUUGUGGUUUUCCAUUUGUGCUCUUACAGUGGUUUAAACCUCUAGUAGGACCUUUAAAUACCAAUGUAUUCAAGUGAUACAUGUUCAAGAUUAGUUUAAAUUUCUCUAGCUGUAAUAAUUGGAUAUUUAAAUUGGUAGCAGAUGUUCAGUGUGUUUCAAAAUUCUUGUGCUUUUGUAGACGGACAGAGCUGCCUUUCAGUGGCUAGCGGGACGCAGUAGAUUUUUGACAGAAUGACUGCUCUGCUGUGUUUUAGGAAUUCAGACAGCAAAUCACACAGUGACAAGUCCUUCCAGACCGAACUUCCUCGUGACCCUCUCUGUAGGUCUUGCCACCACGCUCAGUUCACUGUGCACAGAUCUUAAGCUCAUUUACAAACUUACUAAGACCUGACUGAGCACUCACUGCUGCUGGUGUUGUCAGACCAAAGUGGAGGUGUCACUUUUAUCUCCCUUCUGACUCUCCAGGCCUGCAGCGGGUUUGAGACCCAUUAAUAGUUUUCUCCACUGUCAACUUCUGUCGCACCCACUGUCCAGCUGUACCUAGCCUGAGGACAGCCACCAAGUACUUCUUGGCUCACAGGGUGCUUCCCAUCCAUCUACAGCAUCUAAGACUGGGGGGGGGGGGGGUUUAGGAAAAAAAUGCCUGAAAGUUUUUUUGGGGGUGGGGGCUCAGAUAGUCUUAGAAACUGGUUUCUGAAACUUAUCUCUUGGCCUUCAGUUCUCCACUCGCUGGGAAAGAAGAGGUAAGUACAGCUUGUUGAAGAUAGACUUCACCUGUCCAUUGAAAACAACCAAAUUGGCAAAGCCUUAAGGAGACUGCUUUGCACUGGGGUUUUCUCUGGGCUCUUGAGCUGUAGAAAUGCUGCAUUCUGGUUUCUGGACACUCUGACUUUUGAGUGAGACAGAAGAACCCAGUGCCACACAUCCAGCUUAGGAAGGUGAUCACAGAGGAGGAUCACAGAGCAGCUAGGCUGAUCUCUCCUCUCCUCUUGGUUCAUGGGCAUCUACUCAUGUUUUUACACGAACUUUGGGGCGGGAGGACAUCACUGGGGGUUAUGGAUAAGUUCCAGUAGGCUCUGUGAACCUACUGAAACUGUGUGCAAGACUUUUUUUCCAGGAAAGACUCUGUCACUGGGGUCUUAACUGGAUUCAUCCACAGAUGUUAAGAACUAACAUAGAGCUUUGCAAACAGCUUACUUCUGUGCUUGUAAAUGGGAAGACCCUUGGUGGGACACAUUGUUGAGAUCUGUGUGAUACUUGAGAGAGGACAAAGAGGGUCUACUGCACAGUGCGCAUCCAUUGUUUCCUUGUGAGCUGGAGGAGCUUUUGCCCCACCUAUCACCUCCAUUUCCUGUAAGCUUCCAGAGAUGUUGGAUUGUUCUGUGGGUUUAGGAAUGAUGAUUUCCCAGGAAAGAACAUUUGAGUUGGUUUCUAAACCUGGCAUUUUUCUCUGGACUGUAAGGGAGCCACGUUUUCAGGUUGGCUGGGCUGUGCAUUUAAGAAAGUCUCACAUGCUUUGUUGCUGAUGUGACCUUCUGUCUGGCCCGAGGACAUGUCUGAAAAGAUGAUGGUGACAGAGCCUUUGUAAAGCAGGAAGGGGGGAUGUGAAGUGCAGGACACUCUUGGGGAACCUUUGAAAGUAUGGACAGAUUGGUAGAAUCAGAAUUGAUUUGGGUUUAGUUUUGGUAGAACUAUGCUCAGUCUGCCUUUGUGUGUGCAUGCACAAGUGUGUGUGUGUGUGUGUGUGUGUGUGUGUGUGUGUGUGUGUGUGCGCGCGCGCGCGCAAUCACGAGCUCAUGGGCACCUAGCAGUGUUUUCCCUCAUUUCACAUACAUUGUUUUUGAAACAGUGACAGUAUAAAAUCUUUUAACUCAAGAAUAUAUAAAAACCGCUUAACAUCAGUCUAGUGUAUUAUCGUAAUUGCACUGUUCAGUCCUCUGUCUAGAAACAGAGACACCACAAGCACCUUGACUGGUUGUGGUUAAGUAUCUUGAAAAUUAUAUAAAACUUUUAAACUUUCUGUUAAAGUCUUCUACAGUGUCGUGACUCAUUCUAGUUCUUGUUUUUCCUCAGAGAAGAGCUGUGGUCUAGGCAUUUGCAUUGAUUCUGACAUGUAGGACUGGGUGAAGGAAGGAAACAGUUACUAGUAAUGAGUUGGGUUUUGUCAGCUUAUGUAAGUUGUUGAAAGCCAUUUUUAGAAUGUUAUUUUUAAUUGCUGGUGCCUACUUCUAAAGACUAGGAGUCAAGAAAACCACAGACAGAGUCUGAUCCUGUAUGCCUACUAGUGUUUUAAUGACAGCUCUGAUAAAAUAUCUGAUUUCACUUUUAAAUCCAAGGUUUUCAGUCAGGUUCAGAAUCUAUUUUGGCACACUCAGUUGUAAAGCAGUUAAACAUAAUGCAAAUACAAUUCUAGGAGCAAAAGGGUUAUCUUGACCUAAUGGCACUUGAAUCUGAGAGAAAGUCACUGCUGCAAAGCUGUAUUUUUGUGGGCAAAAUUAUCCCAAGAGUUGGCAGUUAAUUAUUUAGAUCCCAACCUCCCUGUAACUUAAAGGCAAUGUUAUUGCUGUUGAAGUAAUUAUUUGCUUAAUGAAGAGUUUGGGAUUUUUUUGGAGGGUGGUGGUGGGGGAGCAGAUGAUAGAGUGAACAUCUUUAGUGAUUAGGUGUAUGGAUGGUUUUGUGGGAGCAAGUAAAGUGUACGACACUUAGUCAAAUGGUGCGGUAAUUUGAUGGAAGAUUCAUUGUGAAGGGAAGACCAACGUAUGUAGUGGAAUUGGAAUAGCACACACCCUCUGGUUUCUCAAGGAGCUGUGGUUCGUGUAUGCUUACUUGUAAAUUUUGUCCCUGUUACCUAGAAAAGAGCUCCUAGAACUGUUUGGAAUGCCAUACCUGCCACAGUGGUCAAAUAGUGAUUUGACUGGAUAGGAACCUCUAACCUCUUCUCAACAUCCCACUAUAGUAAGUGGUCCUGUUGGGUCCAUCACAGGGCACCUAGUUUUGCACCCAGAUUUGCUCUGAAUUAAAAAUUGAAGAUAGUUGUCCAACUGAAUUGGGGGAAGAGGUGGCCAAGGAGUCAAGGCUGUUGAAGAUCUUUCUCCUGCUUAAGAGAACUUUAUGCCCUAGAGCUGCUCUAGUACCUUUAUAUCUAAUUUUUUUAAAAAAAUGUUGGCUGGAUUUAAAGAAUGAAAGCAGGUGACACCUGACUGAGAAAUGUUUAUAAGCAAAUAGCUCAGCCUUCUUACAUUUUGGAAUAAAGCUGUGAACUUCAUAACUUUGUAAAACAAGACAUAAAGCAAAUGCAAGAGGAAAAUAAACUACUUUUAUGGA